AUGGCUUUGACUGCAGCAGGUCUCCUCGCUCUGGGCGUUAUCUCAAGCUCCUCGGGCUUCAUUAUCCCGGUCCCGAGCCCCCAAACAUGCGACAGUGUUCAGAAUGGCUAUCAGUGCCAGCCACAAAUCAGUCACUACUGGGGCCAAUAUUCUCCAUACUUCUCCGUCCCAUCAGAGAUAAUCGCGAACGUCCCUCUCACAUGCUCGGUCACAUUCGCACAGAUCCUGUCGAGGCACGGGGCUAGAGACCCUACUGCUGCAAAGACACUAAAGUACAAUCAGACCAUCGCCAAAAUCCAUAAGAACGUUGCCAACUUUACUGGCAAAUAUGCUUUCCUCGGCGACUACGAGUACACUCUGGGAGCGGAUCAAUUGACAGACUUUGGAAGACAGCAGAUGGAGAACUCUGGUACCAAGUACUAUCAGCGUUAUGCAGACCUUGCUCGCAAAGCAGUGCCUUUCGUUCGCUCGUCUGGUGAGGCUCGUGUUGUGGAGUCUGCAGAGAAAUGGGUAGAUGGAUUCACUCAGGCUAAGACUGGAGACAGAUGGGCGAACAACCAGUACCCUUCUGUCAAUGUGGUCAUCAGCGAAGCUGCUGGCAGCAACAACACGCUCAACCAUGAUCUUUGCACCAGCUUCGAGGAUGGACCUGAUUCAAACAUUGCAGAUGCUGCCCAGAAGACUUGGGUCAAUGUCUUCGUUCCUGCUAUCCAGAAGAGGAUCAAUGGCGACCUAGUUGGAGCAAACCUCACAUCGACUGAGAUCAUCUACCUGAUGGACUUGUGCCCUUUUAACACUGUUGCUUCGGCCACUGGCGCAAUCUCGCCCUUCUGUUCGCUGUUCACACAGACCGAGUGGCAAGACUACGGAUACUACGAAUCAUUGAACAAGUUCUACGGUUACGGAUCUGGCAACCCCCUCGGCCCAACCCAGGGCGUUGGCUUCACGAACGAGCUGAUUGCACGUCUCACAAAGAAGCUAGUUGUAGACAACACAUCGACGAACCACACCUUGGACGAUAAUGCUGCGACCUUCCCUCUCGACCGCGCAUUGUAUGCAGACUUUAGUCACGACAACGACAUGACUGCUAUCUUCUUCGCCAUGGGCCUGUACAACAGUACUUCGGCUCUUCCAAACACGACCAUCGAGACGGCACAGCAGACCAAUGGAUACUCGGCAGCGUACACUGUCCCAUUUGGUGCAAGAGCUUAUAUCGAGAAGUUGCAAUGUCUUGGACACCGGGAGGAGCUGGUCAGAGUUAUCGUCAACGAUCGUGUAAUUCCUCUACAUACUUGUGGUGCAGAUAUCUUGGGAAGAUGCACACUUAGUGAUUUUGUUGGUAGCUUGUCUUUUGCUCGCAGCGGCGGUGAUUGGGCUUCAUGCUCUGCUUAG